AUGCUGUCCCUUAAAGGCCUCCUAAACCCGGCCCCUUCGGGAGAAAAUGCUUCCUCCUUCUCCCAACCAGAUCAUACGCCCGAGUAUCCACAGAUUCUAAACAACAGAGCAUCCUCGAGUCAGCCACAAGGUCGCGCUAUGAUGCCUACCGAUAGAGCUGGUUUCAAGGACACGAACAACUUGGCCAAAUCUAAGUUACGUGGCCAAGUCAGGUUUCCCCUCACGAGCACCUGGACGAGGGUGGCCCCCUUUGGGAGUAUUCACGAGACGUGCCUCCAUAUUCCUUACAAUAGUGGCAAAAAAGACUUUUUUGAGAAAACAGGGCGCGAGAGCUUCGAGGUUUUCAAGUAUGAGUUUGUUUCUCUUGAACAUGGCACUGAAUACGCUGUCAUGUGGGAUUAUAAUAUUGGGCUUGUUCGGAUGACCCCCUUUUUCAAAUGUCGAGGCUAUGGAAAGACAAUACCCGCAAAGAUGUUGGGCCUUAACCCAGGCCUAAAAGAAAUUACACAUAGUAUUACUGGCGGUUCUAUAGCUGCCCAAGGAUAUUGGAUGCCGUACCGAUGUGCCAAAGCUAUCUGCGCAACAUUCUGUCAUCCCAUCGCGGGUGCUUUAAUUCCUAUCUUCGGUCCAGGGUUUCCAGCUAUGUGUGUACCUCCUGGCAUGCCUGAAUAUGGCCGAAUGGUCAUAAACCAACAGAUAAUCAUCGACGCGACUCGGGAAGCCGAAAUUUGGCGCAUGCAAAUGAGUGUAAUCCCGCCGAAAUUCCACAGCCCGACAAGCUUCCCCAGAGAUGAUCGAAAUCUUCAGCAAAGCAUAUAUCAUUCAGACGAACAUCGACGCCGCCAUCGACCUCGCCUGGUUUGCGAUCCAUCAUGGGCGAGGGAAAAUGAUGUCGACCGCCACUACAUGUCGGCCCCCAACUCGGCCUCAAGCACUGGAUCAGGCCUCCAUGGGUACAUGGUAACGUCUCGGCCAGGUUCAAGCUGGACUCCUGCGAAUAGACCCAGCCCAGAACCGAAUCCCUGGCUCAGUGCCAUACCUCGCAACCCGCCUUUGCACCACGAACCCACUCUUCCCCAUCCGGCAUGGGGGUCAAAGCGACGGCUUGAGAACGAAGAAUGGAGAUACAGCUAUAGAGGAAGUGCCAGUCCUAACAUGAGCACGAGCUCUGUUGUGAUGGCAGUGACUCCUGAAGCAAGUCCGAUGAGGCAGCGAGUAGUUCGAGGGCCAACCAUCGGAACAGAUCCGACCCAGCAGAGCGCAGCUUUGCUUUUAUUGAACCUCAGACAACAGGAGCAGGAAGCCUCGGUCUGUAGUGCAGCUAUGUCGCCUCCCAGUAUUACUAUGGGCAACCCCAUCGAAGAACACCGCAGCAAGAGACAACGCGCAACUUCGCCUGAGUUUGGGAGAGGAUAG